GGAAGGAGGAGGAGGAAGAUUUUAUGAUGAAGCUGAGGAGGAGGAGUAAAUCAGUGUCAGACGCGGAAGAAGAAGCAGCCUCUGAAAAGGAAGCAGCAGCAGAAUGAAAGGAGCCUCCGCAGACGGGCGGACCACUUGUUGAACCACCUCCGGCUCCCCGGGGCCUUUCUGCUCCUUCUCCCGGGCUUCGACUCUUUCUUCCGGUUCUGUUCCGGCUCGUUUCCCGCUGCCAGCCUCAUGGCUCUGACUGGAAACGUGCUCAUCAGUGGGCUCCAGAGGCUCCAUACCUCCGCAGAGCCCCGCUGUCUUCAGGUUCGUCGGAUCGAUAUGUCAUCUUUUAUUCAUCCCGCCUGCUGAGCUCCGGCUCCGGGAGGCUGCUGCGGGCGGCGCCGCCGGCUGGCACCGCUGUCUCCGGCCGGACGGAGCCUGCUCGGCGUGGGGAGUUGCUGGGAAGCCAGCCGGGUUGGUCUUCCCCUCUGGAUUAGAACCGCCCAGGUUUAUGUUUGUGGAUAUUUCUGGACGGAACCAGGCGGCUGGUUAGCUCGCCGGCUCGGAGGGACCCUCAACACCGACCUGAGCGUCCUCUCCGCGGGGGAAAACCGCUGGAUCCGGCCGAUGAAAUGGCUCUUUAUCUGGAGACAACAGACUCGUGAUCUGUAUGAAACUGUGAUUUGUUUAAUUUGGAACCUGAUGGGUUUGGGUUGAAUUUCUGGACCUGGAUUAGCUUCCGAAGGAGGAGGGGGAAACUCCGAGACCCUCCCCGAGCACAGCGCCCCUUCCCCGGGCUGGCCGCCGCGUCCGGCCCGCUGGGAUGAGCUCACUGUGGGGCUGAACAUCCGUUAGAACAACGACCUUUCUACCUCAGAAGUCAGUUUACUGUACACCGUGUGGUGCCCGUGUUAUAAAACGGUGUUUACGGACAUGGCCGAGUCGACCCGGCCCAGCCCAGCGGACCCCGACGCCGCCAACUGCCGGGCUGCGAGUCCGGCUGCGGUGAAGAGGCGGGCGCAGCAGUCCACGAUGGGCCACAGCUUCAAGAAAGUCACCCUGACCAAGCCGACCUUCUGCCACAGCUGCAGCGACUUUGUGUGGGGUCUCAUCGGCUUCCUGUGCGAAGUGUGUAACUUCAUGUGUCAUGAGAAAUGCCUGAAGACGCUGCGGGCGGUUUGCACCUGCAUGGCUCCGUCUCAGGUUCAGGUGCCGGUGGCUCACUGCUUCGGCCCGGCCGGUCAGAAGAAGCGCUUCUGCUGCGUGUGCAGGAAGCAGACGGAGGGAAGCACGGCGCUGCGCUGUGAAGUGUGCGAGCUGCACGUCCACGCCGACUGCGCCGCCUUCAGCUGUGCAGACUGUCGCUGCUGCCACCUGGACCAGAACCUGCAGCAGGAGUCGCUGCAGCACCAGUGGAGGGAGGGCGACCCGGCGUCGGCACGCUGCGAGUUCUGCCGCCGCUCCUGCGGUUCCUCUGAGGUUCUGUCCGGGUUGAGGUGCGAGUGGUGCGGCGUCACGAGCCACGCGUCCUGCUGCCACCGCCUCCCGGCGGAGUGCCCCCUGGGGCGACUCCGCAGCAUGAUGCUGCCGCCGCCGUGCGUCCGACUCCAGUCCAGGAACUUCAGCAAGAUGCAGUGCUACCGGAUCGGCGAGAGCGGCAGCCAGGACCGCGAUUACUGGGAUGAAGCCGAACCAGCAGCUGCUGCGCCCAGAGAGCUCCAGUCUGCAGCUCCAGAGACCAGUAAGCAGGUCAUCAGGGUGUUUGACGGCGAUGAUGCGUUGAGGCGCGGCUUCUUCCGAUUGGCUCCCGGCUGCCGAGGCGUGAAGAACGAGGAAGUGGAGGCGGCGCUGAGGGCCUUCUACCUGCCCGGCGAGCCUCAUCACUUCGACCUGGAGAACGUCGGCGCCGUGCAGCGUCACCAUAGCGACGACUACCAGAACCAGAACGCCAGCGACGCCCGGGUACUGAGGGCCAAGCUACGGCGUGAUGAUGUCAUCAAGGUGCACGCUGCCUGGAGCAGGUCGAGUGCAGCGUCGGUGGAAGUGUCAGAGACGAGCACAGCGGCGUCCGUCCUGAGCGACGUUCUGCUGCAGCUGGACAGACAGGGUGAAGACGCGUCCAGCUUCAGUCUGCAGGAAGUUUACAUGAGCAGCAAGCAAGUGCAGAGACAAACCCUGAGUCCUCAGGAGAAGAUGGUGGACAAACUGCAGGACAUCAGGAAGNUCUCCCUGCGGCAGAUGAACCAGACCCGUUUCUACGUAGUCCAGAACCAGAACCCAGCCGUGCAGGUCGGCCUGCUGAUCUCAGGACUGCCCCCCCUGCUGACCAAAGAGGAGUACUGCGGCCUGCUGCAGGAACACCUGGACUUCAAGGGUCACCUGGUCACGCUAACUCACUUCUAUGAAGCUCAAGGCGCCGUGGCGCUGCAGAUUAGCUGCUUCGCUGAAGCAGAGAGGAUCUACAUGUUGGCUAAAGACACGACCAUCAGCAACAAGACUCUGACAUCACUGAUCAUACCUGAAAUCCAGUGCCAGAAGCUGGGGGCCGCAGUCUGCCCCCUGCUGGUGUUCGUGAACCCGAAGAGCGGCGGGCUGAAGGGCAGAGAGCUGCUGCACAGCUUCCGGAAGCUGCUGAACCCCCACCAGGUGUUUGACAUCACCAACGGAGGCCCGCUGGCUGGCCUCCAUGCCUUCAGGGAGGUUCCCAGAUUCCGGGUUCUGGUCUGCGGCGGCGACGGCACGGUGGGAUGGGUUCUGGGGGUUCUGGAGACCGUGAGGCACAAGCUGGUCUGCCGCGAGCCGCCCAUCGGCAUCGUCCCUCUGGGAACAGGGAACGACCUGGCCCGGAUCCUGCGCUGGGGGCCGGGUUACGGCGGCGACGACCCCCACCACAUCCUGGCGUCUAUGGACGAGGCGGACGAAGUCCAGAUGGACCGCUGGACCAUCCUGCUGGACGCGCAGGACGUCUCAGAGGACGGGAAGGACAGCGGCGUCCUGGAGCCGCCCAAGAUCGUCCAGAUGAACAACUACUUCGGCCUCGGCAUCGACGCCGAGCUCAGCCUGGACUUCCACCUGGCCCGGGAGGGAGAACCCGACAAAUUCACCAGCAGGUUCCACAACAAAGGCGUUUACGUGAAGGUGGGUCUGCAGAAGAUCAGCCGCAGCCGCAGCCUCCACAAGGAGCUGCAGCUGCAGGUGGACAAGCAGCCCGUCCCGCUGCCCAACAUCGAGGGGCUCAUCUUCCUCAACAUCCCCAGCUGGGGUUCUGGAGCCGACCUGUGGGGGUCGGAGGCCGACGGCCGGUUCUCCAGGCCCAGGAUUGACGACGGCCUGCUGGAGGUGGUCGGGGUCACCGGGGUCGUCCACAUGGGCCAGGUCCAGAGCGGGCUGCGCUCUGGGAUCCGGAUCGCCCAGGGAUCCUACAUCCGCCUCAUCGUCAGCAAAGAGCUUCCUGUCCAGGUGGACGGCGAGCCCUGGCUGCAGGCGCCGGGACACAUCAUCAUCUCUGCUGCCGGACCCAAGGUCCAGAUGCUCAGGAAGUCCAAACUGAAGCAGAGGAAGUCUCCGUCCAGCAGAGACGGACGCUCAGACAGUCCGUCCUCCAGAGACGGGGGACACUGACCGGACCGGACCGCCAGUUCUGCCUCUGUAGCUGCUUCCUGCUGAAGCCAGGAGGCCGGCCCGGUCCGGUCCGGUCCGGUGGCUGAGAUUCCACUCAUGUAGCGUUGUAGCCACAGACCCACAGGAAGACGACUCCACUUCCUGCUGAGGAAGAGGGUGAGGUCAAAGUUCAUUCCUGCUCCUAAGACAAAAAUAAUCAUCUUCAUUGUGACCGUCAGACAUUCAGGACGAGUGAGGAGAAGAACCGGGUUCAUCGGGUCCGAGCGGAACCAGAACCGCUGCUAAGCCUUAGCCGUGGAUUUAUAUCGUCCAAAUGUAGAAAUACCGCAGGAGGAAGAGGAGGAUGAAGAGCGGCAUCCAGACGGGCCGUUUGCUCUGCAGACAUCUGGACCAGAACCGGGUCAGGUUCUGGAGAACAUCCAGAACAUGGACCAUAAGCUCCUGGUUCCUCUCCUGGUUCAUUGCCACAUUAAAUGUUUUGACCGGUUGCCAUGGUGAUUCCCGCCUUUUCUGGGGCUCCUUGAGGGGGCGGAGCUCCAGAACCUUCUGGUUCCUGCAGAACAUUAGAACCUCCAGAACCAAUGAGGGAGUGGACACAUCUCUUUGCUCUCUGAUUGGCUAGAAACCAGGAAGUCCUCCAGCAGUGGGAGUCUGAAAGUCCUACGAUUGGACGGAGAAACAAGUUGAAUUCAGAAGGUUCUGGAUGUUUAACCGGGUCAGAACCAACAUCACUCAGAGCUGGACAAACUGGAGAACAACUGGAAAAAUCCUCAAAGUUAAACUGGGAGAACUGGGAAAGUAAUCAGAAUUUUAACUGGGUCGGGGAAAGUCCAGCUUCCUGUGACCCGGUUAGAGUCUGGAUGAUGGUUCUGAUGGUUCUGAUGGAUAUGGAGGUCCAAAUGGAACUGGGUUUAUCACUGCUUUAAACUGCAGUCCCAGGCACGUGUGGUCCAAGCAGGUUUCAGGACUGUGGUUCUGAUGGGUCUGCUGGUUCUGAUGGGUCUGAUGGGUCUGGUGGUUCUGAUGGGUCUGGUGGACCCUCCAUGUUGAUGGGUUUACAUUUACUGUAGGUCUGAUGUUUCUUUUUAGCCGUCGUAUUUUUCUUAUUUUUGGUGCUACAAAAAAAAAUCCUGGUGACUUUCUGUGGGUUCUGGAGGUUCUGGGUCAGUUUUACGGGACAAACAUGAAACUGCAGGGUUCUGUUUGACCCGUUGGGUAAAUUUUCAGAACUUCUGACUGAAGCGUCUCGUCCAGCUUUGCGCUUCCUGAGGGUUCAGGUUGCAGUUCUGCUGAUUGGCCAGCAGGAGGCGCUGCAGGGGGGGGGGACGCAGUGGCGUCCAGAACCAGAACCUAGCUGUUCUGGUUCCUGUUGGUCUGAAUGAAAACGUGAGACUCGGCCUGGCGGCACCAGAACCACAAAGGUUCUGACUGAAAUAACAGGCUGAUCAGGGUUUUAAUCCAGGAAGAUUAAAUGUUCUGGAUUUUAAAAACUGAAUUUUUAAUAAAACAUCAUCCGGGUCCAAAAUGUUCAGAUUCAUCUAAUUUAGUUACAUGAAAAUCAUGAUUGUUGUCCAAUGGCGACUCUUACAUUAAUGUACACAUUUUCCAUCAUCUUUGUAGUUUAAAGUCAUUAUUUUACUAAAAGGAAAUUUGAGCCGUAAAUAAUUUACAGACGUCAUUUUAUAAAUUUAUACUCUGAAAAUAUUUGACUUUUUUCCUCAAACGUUUAAUUUCAUCUCAUUACAUCUGGUUUUACACUUAAAUAAUUAAAAAUGAGAGAAUCUCCAGAUUUUCUUCAUUUUACAGUAAAAAUAAUCUGACAUUUUCUUUGAGUUCUAUGGAGAGCAAAGAGUGCCAAAUUGCGAUAAUUAAAUAACUGAUGAAAUCAUUACUUAAGUGUUACUAAUUUAUUAAAAUCGAAAAAUAAAUCCAGAAACAUUUAUUAAAGAUAAUGAAUUGUGCCCCAAUUAAAUGUUUUCAUUUUUAAAAGUAGAUAUAAUUAUUCCAUGAUUUAAUAAAGGUAUGUUCCCGCGCUCAUUAACAUAAAUUAAUUUAAACUAAACUUGACAAAUCAAACUCAGAGGGCGGGAUCAGGGCUGUUUCUAAAAAUAAGUCAUGAAAUAAUUACAUAUAUGUAAUUUAAUUGAGACGCAUAUAAUAAACAUUCAAUAAUUUACUUUUGUAUUUCUAGUUUUACAUAAUGACACAUUUAAAUUAUUAUUUCAUAAGUUAUUAUAAUUUGGCAUUCUCACUAAAUGAACACAAAGAGCACCAGAACAACAGCACAGGAGCUCCACAACAGGAGACGUUGUGGUUGGAGGCCCCGGGGCCUUCAGCGGCCCUCCUGCUGGGCCCCCAGGGUGCCCGGGGCCCCGCUGGGUCUUUAUCCGUCCAUGCAGUAGUCUUACUUUGCCACACUGCCAGUCGCACAACGAGCCUUCAUCGCUGCCAAACCUGACGUAACGUGUUGUUGCUGCUUUGACGUAACGUUUCUGCUUCUCGUGCCUCCGUAGUGGCGACCUGAGGCCCCGCCCCUUUCGGCUCAGGUGGGCGGAGCCACGCCCCCAGUGCGUAGCCGUUUAGCCUGUGUGUUAGCUGCCGGUGCAGUGGCGUCUUCCCCUCAUGUGCCUCUGGUUUCUGUCUGCUGUAACACUUUUUAUGAAUAGAUGACGUGUUUAUUUUUGCAAUCUGAAUCUGUUUUGAGUUUUGACUGUAACUUGCACUAAAUGAUCCUCUUCUAUGUGCCGUAAAGGUUCUGAUGAAUGUUAGCUAUAGCUAAUUAUAGGUCAUAAAUGUAUAUGGUUAAAUAACAGAUUGAUGUGUUUAAUCAUAAUAAAAUGGUUUAAUAUGGAAA